GCGGCAGCAUGGGUCCUCGCCCGCGGCUUCGCUGAACCUCACUGGCCUGGGCUGCCCGCGGCGCCCGCAGCGGCGGCGUCAUGAAGGGGGCCCUGGGGAGCCCGGUAGCCGCCGCGGGCGCCGCGAUGCAGGAGACGUUCGGCUGCGUCGUGGCAAACCGCUUCCAUCAGCUGCUGGACGACGAGUCGGACCCGUUCGACAUCCUGCGAGAGGCCGAGCACCGGCGUCAGCAGCAACUGCAGCGCAAGCGUCGCGAUGAGGCGGCGGCGGCGGCGGCCAGCGGGGCCGGGCACCGUGGCGGCAGGAGCCCGGCCGUGGCCUCAGGACACAGGCCCGGCGCAGGCGGCCGCAGGGAGUCGCAGAAGGAGCGCAAGAGCCUCCCGGCGUCCGGCGCACAGCAGCCAGACAGCCCUGGGGGCCCGCAGCCGCCAGGCCAGAAGCGGACCCCUAGAAGAGGGGAGCAGCAAGGAUGGAAUGACAACCGGGGGACAGACGUGGUGCUUGAUAGAGCAGAGCGAAGGUCCUACAGGGAAUACCGGCCCUAUGAAACCGAAAGGCAGGCUGACUUGACAGCGGAGAAGUUUACCGAUGAGAAACCAGUUGACAGGUUUGAUCGAGACAGACCACUGAGAGGACGUGGAGGCUCCAGAGGAGGCCUGAGGAACAGAGGCCGAGGCGGUCCUGGGAACAGAGCUUUUGACUCCUUUGACCAAAGAGGGAAACGAGAUUUCGAAAGAUACAGUAGCAGUGAUAAAGCAAACAGAAUGGAGGACAGUAUGGGUGGCUGUGGCGUUCGCCCCUGGGGAUCAGGUAAAGACACUAGUGACACAGAGCCACCUGCACCCAUGGAGGAGACCUCGAUGAUGGAAGAGUGCCAGGGGACCCUGGACGAGGAGUCUGCAGCCAAAGUUCCUGAGUUGGAGGUAGAAGAGGAAAAUCAAGUCCAAGAGAUGACCUUAGAUGAGUGGAAAAACCUUCAAGAACAAACCAGACCAAAGCCUGAGUUCAAUAUCCGGAAGCCAGAGUCCACAGUUCCUUCCAAGGCAGUGGUGAUUCACAAGUCCAGAUACAGAGACGAUAUGGUGAAGGACGACUAUGAGGAUGAGUCUCACGUCUUCCGGAAAGCUGCCAACGAUAUCACAUCCCAGCUGGAGAUUAACUUUGGGAACCUCCCUCGCCCUGGACGGGGAGCCAGAGGCAGCACCCGGGGAGGCCGAGGAAGAAUCAGAAGAACAGAGAACUAUGGCCCCCGAGCAGAAGUGGUGAUCCAAGAUGUUGCUCCCAACCCGGAUGACCCUGAGGACUUCCCCGCCCUGGCCUAACAGCCACUCCCCCUGCAGCAGAGCAGCACUAUGAAGAGACUUUCCUUGCCGCGAGAAGAGUCAGACUCUAAGAACAAUAGAUGUUGCUUUUCCCGUGUCGUGUGAAAUUGUUGCACUUUUUUGCUCUAUGGAAUAUGGAGUUCCCAUGAGGUCAGGCCCUUUCCCCAGAUGGAGACUUUUGUAAGGAAUAAUGUUUAAAAUGUGUACAUAGAUUCUAACAAUUCCAUCAUAGAAGUACAGAGUAAAGUAGAGAACAGAACUGCUGGGCAUGGUGGUGCAUGCCUGUAAACCUAGCACUUGGGAAGCAGUGCCAGGCAGACCCUGAGUUCAAGGCCAGCCUGGUCUACAGAGUGAGUCUUGAAAAACAAGACAAGUCCUUUUAGUGUUUCAGGACACGUGGAGACACCGAGAACCGCUCAUGUAGAGCCAUCCUACCCUAAUUAUUGCUCAAUUCUGAGAAAAUUCCUGAGUUGUGGUUUAGACAUUGUACACCAGGGACAACCACUCUGAAGCAGAGGAAGUGGUGAUUUAAACUACCUCGUGGUCUGUGUGUGCACAUAUCCUCACCUAGUAUGUGUGUGCAGACUUAGGGUUCAAGUGGUUGUUGAGUAUAAUCAUGUUACUCACUAAGCAAAUGAAAAGGCUUCCUGGUAAAAGUGUAUAUAUAUAUAUUUUUUUUCACCCUCAACACUAGUGCUGAAUCCCAACAGACUGACUUGUAACUCAAAUGCAUUUACUGACUGCGAACAUGGGCUGGUCCCUCCCCUGGACCCAGUUCUUGUGUUGUUCUUAAGGCCUCUGGUAGAGGUUUAGGGUUAGGGACCACCUCAGAGGCUCAAUCACCCCAAACAGCUUGAGCUGUAGAGCCAACUACCCACCCACUCACCCACUGACAAAAUUAGGGAAGAUUCAUUGUAUGUGGGAAGGACCAGCCAAGGUGUUGCGACAGCUGUAGAGAUUGGGAAGGGAGGUUUGCCUGUUGUGCUUGCAAUGGAACCUUGCUUGCUCCCAAGACCUGUGUUUUCCCCACUUGGCCACAAAGUAUGAGAUGGUGCUGAACUGGAACCCAGGUGUAAACGAAGGUUGGUAUUGUAUUCCCUGUGAACUUUGUAUAAAAACUGAACUCUUAGGGUUCGGUUGAGUCAUCAAAGCUCAAGGGCAUCUAGGGUUAAGUUGAAGCCCUAGACAUAAGGAUUGAGGAUGUUUGCUUUGGGUGACCACCUGCUUCUGAUCCCAUGUUUAUUAAAUGAAUGAGUACAAAGGUGUA